AUGGUUUCUUUCAUUGCCACCACUCUCACUGCUCUCUGCCUGGCCCUCGCCAGCUCUGCGGCUCCCACUGAGGCAGAAGUUCACGCAGCUUCUGCCCACAGCGGCUCCGUCACCUGGUAUAAUACCGGCCUCGGCGCCUGCGGCCAAACUAACAACGACAACGAACUCGUUUGCGCCGUCUCGCACUCUCUCUACGACAGCCAGCAUCCAUGUGGCCGUAAGAUCCGUGUCAACUACCGGGACAAAUCCGCAGUCAUGACUGUUGUCGACCGCUGCGCGGGAUGCGCGGAAAACGACCUUGAUCUCUCGCCUGCUGCUUUCCGCGCUGCAAUUGGCGAACUUGAUAUUGGUCGUACUACUGCCACUUGGGACUGGGCUUAG